AAAAAUUGAAAAUUUUAUCGAUAAUUUCAAAAAUUAUGAUCAAUCGUCCAUUGGAAUAUAGUUUACGUAUAUUUGGUAUUUGGCCAGAUUCUCCGUAUCCAAAAUUGAAAAUUAUUACUUGGAUAAUAAUAUUGCCAACAUUUUUAGUAUUUCAAUAUUGGUAUUGUAUUACUCAUAUUAAAUUAGGUUUAAUUGACCUAUUAGAUGGAUUAAGUCUUACUUUAUCAAAUACACUUGUUUUCAUCAAAUUAAUUGUUAUUUGGUUUCACAAACGAACAUUUUAUGAAAUUCUGAUGUCUAUGAAGGAAGAUUUGAAUAAUAAUAAACAUUCUGCUACUGAAAAUAAACGAAUAAUAAUGGAUAAAUCCAUGUUAUCUUCCCGUAUUUCAAAUUUCUUAAUCAGUUAUUUCGCGAUUACAUUUUUUCUAUAUUCAGGAGUUGCUUUAGUAAUAUUUGAUGAAGAUCAAGGGAAGUUUUUAGUUAGAAUGGAAUUUCCGUUUAUAGCCACAAUUUCUCCACGUUAUGAAAUUAUUCUGAUUACACAAUUUAUAUUUGAAUCAUUUAUAGUUUAUGGUGCAGCUACAUCAAUAGCAUUAAUUGCAGCAUUAAUACUAUAUGUUGGUAGUCAAAUUGACUUAUUUUGUCAAAACUUAACUUUUCAUAGUUACAAGAAAAGAGAAUCGCAAGAUACAAUAAAGGAUAUUAUUGUUAGACAUCAAAAAAUUAUACAACUUUCAAAAAAUAUUGAAACAAUCUUUACUUAUAUAUCUCUAUGUCAAUUUGUAUCAAAUAUGUUGGUAAUUUGCUUUAUAAGUUUCGUUCUAACAGUCUCUUUGCAUACGGAACAAACAAUUGUAUUAAUAAUGAAAUGUCUUCCCUAUUACAUUGCUGUUAAUUGCGAAGCAUUUAUUCUGUGUUAUACUGGAGAAUAUAUUACUUCUAAGAGUGAAAAUAUUAAUAAAGCUGUAUAUAAUUUUCUUUGGUACAACUUAAAACCUCGAGAUGUUCGUAUUAUGUUAAUGAUAAUUUUACGAUCACAAAAACAAUUAACGCUUACAGCGGGAAAAUUUAUCUGUCUUUCUCUAGAGGCAUUUGCUAACAUGUUAAAAGCUUCUGCUUCGUAUGUAUCUGUUCUAUAUGCAAGAUACUGAAUUUUUAAGAAAUCAUUUUAAUAUGUUGCGAAUUUUUCAUUAAAAUAUGGA